AUGCUGAAAAUACACAAGGGACUAAAAAAAAAGAAGAAAAACAAGAAAAAUAAACAUAAAGAAGAAGAACUUUUCAACGAAGAAGAACUUGAAAAAUAUCGACGAGAACAUCAAGAGGGAAAAGUAGCCGGAGGUGAAAAAGACGGCCAAGAGGAGUGGCAGAAAUUUAAAGCAAUCACUGCUGGAAUCGAUGAUGUCUUAAAAAAAACACAAGGAGAUCUUGAUCGUAUCAAGACAAACAGUUUCUUUCAAAGAAAACCUACACAGACUGAACUCAAAGCCGCUGAAGAUAAACUCGAAGCGGAAAAGAAGGCAAAACUAAAAGAAGAAGAACGUCUUAAGGCUGAGUCAGAGGCUCGGACCGCCGCUAAAGCAGUAGAAGAAGCAGCGGCUUGUGCACAGGUUGAAGAAGAGUCAUCAGAAGAAGAAUCAGAUAAUGGUGAUGAUAUAUUUGACACUUCAUACGUUGAUGUUAUAACAAGUGGAGAAGUAAAACUUGCAUACAUUCCAGAAAGCCCAACUGAAGAAAGCACUGAGUUUGAUCCAUUUGAUACAUCUAUAGUAGAUAAAGUUAUCCAACCUAAUCCAUCUAAGAAGAACAAAAGAUACAUAAGUCUUGGGUGUGCGGUUGAAGUUCUUUCCGGCAAGGAAGUUGAUAUCAAUCCUGAGGUAUUCAGGUCAACUGCUGUCCGAAAAAGACCUAAACCUGUAAAUUUAUUGUUGGAGAGUUUUGACGAAAGCAGUUCAAUCCCAAAACUUGUUGAUGACAAACCAAUAAAAACGUUGCUUGACGACGAUCCAGAUUUGCCUACCGACGCAUUACCGUUAACAAUAGUUACUCCUAUUGAGAUAAAACCACAACCGAUAAAAGAAAAUAAAAAAACUCCCGAACAAGAUAUCAGUCAAAUUAUCAACGAGUUUGAUACACCACUUAUUUUAUCUGAAACUGUAAAUACACAAUUACAGCUUGAUGACGAUAUUGAUGACGAGUUUGCUGCAUUAGCCGCUGAAUCAUUGUCCAAAUCUCCUUUACCGGAAGACGUUGAUCCUUUUGAUACAUCUUUUGCAGAUCAUCUUGUGCCUGCAGUCAACAAUCUCAACAUUGAAAAGGAACAAACCAACCAACCAACAAACGAUAAGUUAGCGGAAAAAGAAUUUUUUGAAACCGUUAGACCACUAAGUCUUGAACAUAGAGAUUUGUUGGGUGGAAGUACAACAGAUUUAUCAGUUAUUGGGCAUAAUCCAAUUGAACCCCAUAAUCCGGUAUCUGAAACUACGCACAUUGACCCAUUUGAUACAUCUAUUGCAGAAAGUUUGUUACCAGGGAAAGGAGAAUUAAAAUUACUCGAAAAAGAAUUAUUAGAAGAUUCUAAAGCACUUUGUAAAAAAAUAAUUAUUGAAGAAGACGACGAUUUUGAUCCAAGAGCUGAAGACGUUGUUCGACCAGCUGAACUAAAUUUAAAAGAGAAGAGAGUUAGUAUACCAAAGGUAACAUUUGCCUUAGAAAAAGAUUUGUUAACUGACGACCAUCACGGUGAGCUGCAUGUAGCAAAACCAUUGACUCCGUAUUACCCACAGGACCAAUCAAACGAAGUCAAUUUUGAAAUCGACCCAUUUGACACAUCAUAUGUGAAACACGCACCUGGACAGGUGGAAUUAAAACUGUUAGAAAGUGAAUUAGUGGAAACUGAAUCUAAGUGUACAGAUAUACUGACUGAAGAAGAAUUCAUACCUCACAUACUUCACACGCCUGUUGAACCAGAAAUUGCUGUUCCUGAAGAAAUCGAUCCUUUUGAUACUUCAUUUGCAAACGGCGCUGCGCCAAGUAAAACAGAAAUAAAAUUAUUAGAAUCUGAAUUUAUACAUAAAUAA